UCCGCCGAUUGGCUGGAGCUCUGCAGUCAGCUGUGAGCGAGGAGACUAUAAAGUUUCUGAGCUGGCCGCUGUUAUUCUUAAUCUUCAUUCAGUGUGUCAGUCGGGGGGGUAGAAAAGGGGCUUGUUUGCGAGAACUGUGGAUGUGUGUGCGUUGGGGUUAUUUAAUAGACCCUUGUCCUACUUGGUUUUAUAAGGCUUAAUUGAAAAUCACAGAGCCAUCUCUCUAGAAAGGUAACCUGCAGCUUGUCCGACGAGCUUGGAACAAUGGUUGCCACUAGUACCUUGAAGAACAAAAACUCCGAAUGCAUUUCCGAGCUGUUGGAUCGCAGAUUUGAUCAGGCGCGCAUAGAAGAUGAGCUGGAUUACUGGGAUAACUGUUUGGUGGAGCCUCAUCUAAAUGGGGAGGUUUUUGAAGACCAAACCUGCCAGCGGCUAGCCAAGAUGUUGGAGAACUGCCUGUCCCAAGCCAAAAAGACCAAGCUGCACUGCUCGGAGGUGCUGGUCCCCGAGAAACUGACGAGGCGCAUCGCCCGGGACGUGCUGCGCCUCUCCUCCGGUGAGCCUUGUGGGUUGCGGGGCUGCAUCCUCUACGUCAACCUGGAAGUGGAGAACAUGUGCAAGAAGCUGGAUCGCAUCAUCUAUGACGCCAGCGUGGUGCCCACCUUCGAGCUGACGCUGGUGUUCAAGCAGGAUGGCAGCGCCUGGCCCAGCCUCAGGGACUUCUUCCUCAUCGGCGCGUGUUUCACACCCGGGUUCAGGCACGCGCUGAAGCUCAGCCCUGGGUUCAGACUGAUCAAGAAGAAACUGUACUCUUCAUCGGCCGGAGCCGUUGUUGAAGAGUACUGAAACUUCAAUGCACUUUUAUACACUACAGAACCCAAACUGGCUUCUGUCUUUUUACUAUGUGGCUCCUUAACAUAGUGUUUUUUUUUAAUUAUAAAUGAGACCAGGGGUAGUCACUUCAAUAUAGAUGGGGCACUUCCAAUUUCUCUCUAAUGGUAUUAGCACAACACAUUUGCCAACAGCAGUCCAUGUCUUGGGAGGUAUUAGCACAAAAAUGCUCAUUCACAUUCUCUUGUAGCAGGACCCCAGUUGGUGAUUCUUGCAGGGAUAAUGCACAAAGUCCUUUUUGACUUGCAGGACUGUUGGGUAUCUUAUUUCUUUUUUUUUUGUUUGGUUUAUGUAAACAUGUUCAGCUAAACAGAACCACAUGUUAUUCAAAACUUUCCCUUAUGGUAUCUAUGGUACACAUUUAUUUGGUACAUGCUUAUUGUUUAAUGGUUUAUUAAUUUGACACUUUAAAUGCACUAGUUCGGAUAUUCCAGCAUUUAUGGUUUAUGGUCACUCCUUAAGCCAACUACUCUCUAGAUUUAGAGGUCUAGGUUCUGCACGUUAAGAUUUGGGGUCAUAUUUCCAAUCCCACUACAGUUUAAAAAAAAACACCAACUUGGGUUAAUACCUACCCAUGAGUGGCUUUAAAUGUGUCAUAAUCUUGGCUAUUUAUGAAGUAAUUUUGUGCUGUAAUGUAAGCCUUGGGGAAAAUAAUUAUAUUCCAUACAGCACAGUAGUUUUAAGUGGCAACUUUUUUACACUUCAGAUUUCUUCCCAAUUUCUCGGUGCCUUUUUACACUGUAAAGAGUGGUAAAUUCUUGUACUUUGGAAUGUAGUUUUGUGCCCUUUACAUGUACCCUUUCAAUUUGUUUGCACUUAAUGUAUGUUUUAUAUUGAAGAUCAUUGCACUAUGGGAGUUGAUAUUCAUUGCUUUAUUCCAUUGAAGUGCAUGCUGGAGUGGUCUGUAACCUGUACACUUCAAUUUUUUUACAUGUUCUGUCAUACCUUUCUAAGGUGUUUAUUGCUACGGUGCUGUUAAUCAGCAUUGUGGCUUUUUUAAAACUUAAUUCCUGUUAUAGGAAGUGGAGAUACUUGUCUUUUUGACAAUAAAAUUUUUUAAGCCUUU